AUGACACAGGAACUGAGCUUCCAAAAAUUUAUUCAACAAUCUGACUUACUAGAAGAACUUAAAUAUGACUUCAAUGAAAAAGCUGAGUUGAGACACAUUGAGACACAAAGGCCUUUUGUCUUUAACUAUUAUAAAAAUGUCCCUGAGAGGAAUAGCAAGCGCUACCAGGCCCUUGGCCAUUUGCUUGAAAAAUACAUUUAUGAGCUUUUGGAGAAAGUAUGCAAAUUACAAAAAGUAUACAUCUCACCAGAGACUGAUAAGGAAUCAAGAAGCUUCUUUUUUAUGAGUGAGAGAGCAUUAACAAAUCAUCAUUCUGCUCUUCUUGUCCUUCUUCAAGACCAUGGGGUCUUUCGAGCUGGUCAAUGGAGUCAGCAGGCAAUAAUACAUCAUGGUCUACAACAUGGAAGUCAGAUACCAUGUAUUCAAAUGGCAUUGCAGGCACAUUAUGAUGUAAUUGUGCUAAAUCCCAAUGACAAUUUUGUGGACCUAAACAUGGCAAAAGAGCGGAAAGGCCUUUUAACACAAAAUAUUGAGUCCUCUUCCCUAAAAAUGGUUCAAGCUGAGAGCUUUGUAUCUCUCCAGCAGCCUCUCCAAUGUAUUCCAAAAGGAGGCAGCGACACCCCUGAAGAACACAUGGCUUACAUUUGGGAUUGCUUCAUUUCAAAGACUGAAGGCAAGGAUGUUGCCUUCAUUGUACAUGGUUAUGGAGGCUUGGUUUUUAUGGACUUGCUUGUUCAUAGGAAGUGGGAAGUGAUGAGCAAAGUAUAUGCUGUUGCACUUAUUGACUCUCAGCAUCAUGUAAGACACCAGCUGGGAAGUGAUGUACAGUUAUCAGCAUGGGUAAAGCAUCACUGCCGUGAAUGGGUGACAAGUCCUAAGCCUUUGGAUAGACCUGCAACUACUGUUUUGAAGAAGGAGUUUCCUAUGGUUUCUGCUGGUACAGAAAAACAUGAUUUAGCCAUUUCCUCUAGCCUUCAGUCAGUUUUCAAAUACUUUAAAAAAGCUCUGAAAGCCAAAGCAACUAUUAAUUUUUCUCAUGUGCCAAUAGUAACUAGAAGUUCCACAAAAAUAAAGCAAAGUGCUUAA